AUGUGGAAAGGGACACUAUUCCUUAACUUUCGACGACUCCAAAAGGGAUUUCUCUUCGUCGCCACCAUCACUGCACUGACUGGAUCUGACAAUCGCUGGCGCGUCUGGGAGUGGAUAUCUGUACAAGGCCACGAGAUCCUAAUUUUUCUUCUGUACUCUGUACUGAGCUACAUCUGCCGGUGUCAAGAAUUCCGCUUUAGUGAACUGGAAAACUUGGAGAUUGAGGUUGACUCAGAGAGCAAUGGCACCACAGCCGCACAAGAAAAUGGCUCCAUCGACGCGGUUAGCGGCACGAAUGUUAUCUCUGUUGUUCGUCUUGUUGGGAACAACCUUCGUGCUUAA